UUUAGAAAGUUGAUACUGGGUUGUCUGCGGAGACCGAUCCUUCACAACCGUUAGUGCGAACCUCGAGUAUGUUGAACCGUGAAACAAAGACAUAACUACGAAAGGUGACAACAACAAUCGAAAAUGAAAAAAAUAGUUCUAAGAUGAGAAGUGUGUUCUUUGUUGUACUGUUUGCCACGCUCGAUUCAAGUAUCUCUCAGGAUGAAGACGGCCCGUAUCGAGGAAAAUUCUUGGGAAAACUAAACUCGUAUCACCAUCAAGUAUCCGGGGAUAUUUAUGCUGUCAACGACUGGACACUGCUCCUAAAUUCCUUCAGUUAUGAUGGAAAUGGGGCGGACACUUUUUUCUGGGCCGGGGCAGCCAACAGGCCCGGACCACAGGGAUUUAUCGUACCUGAUUCCAACGGCAAGACCAACGUCCUGGAACGAUAUUUCAACAAGGAUUUCACCCUGGUCUUGCCGGACAAGAAAAAAAUAACGGACAUCAAGUGGUUCGCUAUAUACGACAUUUGGAGCCAAAACACUUUUGGAGACAUUUACGUCCCGGAGGGUUUUGAACCUCCAACCGUCCAGAAGAUAUCAUCUCUCGUUGGAAAAGUGAAUGGAAUCACGACGGAGUCCGUGGAAAUCUUGGACGCUAAAAGGAUAAGACUGAACCAGUUUUCCUACGACGGGAAAGCGAAAAAGGCGUACUUCUGGAUAGGAGUUGGAGCCCAACCUGCUUCCAAAGGUUUCAAGGUACCAGAUGAAUAUGGAUAUUUGGACCCACUAAGAGCUUACAAAAACCUGACGAUCACAUUGGAGAUACCAGGAGACAAAACAGUAUUCGAUAUCGACUGGUUCAGCAUAUACGAUCAUGAUACAAAGCAGAAUUUGGCAUCAAUUAUUAUACCUGAAGCACUGAAUGUCCCUCCGUCAUUAGUCAAAAUAAUUCCUCACAAAAACGACUUGCCAAACUGUCUUCAGCUGCAUAAAGAUUUUCAAGUUUCUUGGGAGAUUUUCGGUCCUGCUAUAACAAUCCAGCUGGCUGGUCAAGUUCGAGAAGACGAAUACCUUUCUUUCGGCAUAUCCGGGUCGGAUCAGAAGAGUCAGAUGAUUGGAGCUGACGUUGCAGUUGCUUAUGUUGAUGGAUAUAGAGGUUUUGCGACUGAUUACAAUAUUACUGCGCUCACACCGUGUGUAAAAGUGUUGGGCCAGUAUAAAGGGGUGUGCAAAGAUGAAGUUGUGGGUGGUCAAGACAGUAACCAACUGAACACAGCAGUAAGAGAAAAUGGAAUCAAUAUCGUUACGUACAGGAGGUCGCUGAUUUCUUCUGAUCCCGGUGACAAAGAAUUCCCUUCUGAAGGCUUCCUCUACGUCGUAUGGGGCGUAGGAAAACUGGACGAGACCCAAGAGCCAGCAUUUCACGAUUUGUACUCUAAAACCGACGUGAAAAUCGAGAUGAAUCCCAAGGAGCCUCAGAACAAUUGCUUCUCUUUCACAAGAUCGAAGCCCGAACCAGUAGAGCCUUGGAAGAAGGGACAGAUCUUUGAUAAGACCAUCAGGGUCUUCAAAUCCUACAUCGGACCUUCUGGAGCUAAGAAAGGAUACCAGGCUAUUACAGGACAUGCUUCGACUGCUCUGGCUUGGUACAUCAAUGGCCUCCUAGCUCCAGAAAUAUGGCUCAGGAGAGGUCUGUCUUACGUUUUCAAAGUGUACGGUGGCAACAACCCCCACAGUCCUGAGUAUUACCACCCGCUCAUUAUCACAGAUGAACCCCAUGGAGGUUUUGAUAAACUUUCUGAUGAGGCGCAGUCGAAAAUUCGAGUUUUAGUGGGGGUGGAGUAUUCCAGAAGAGGGAGGCCAAGACCAACUGCAGCGGGUCCCCUCUGCCUUUCCCAGCACAAAGAGGGCCAAGACAGGAGACUGGAUGACGACUUCGUCAUGUUCAAAAAAUUCAACCGCUCUUUGUCCUAUCAUUGCGAGGAUGGAGAACCAGGGAUAUUGGAGUUCACCCCUAACAGUUCCUGGCCCGAUGUUGUUUACUACAACUCCUUCACUCAAGCCAACAUGGGGUGGAGGAUUCGGAUCGUUGAUAGCUUCAACCAGAGAUCUUCUUCCAGUAGGACUUUGAUCAGUAAAAUUCUAGUGCUUGCUCCCCUGUUUGUAUAUAUUAUGAGGCUGGCACUGUGAUCAGUUUUUGGUAGCAGAUGAACACGAAAAAUGUUUUACCCAUACAAAAUUAGUUUGAAUGUUUCUCUUAUCACCAGGUUUCAUAUAUUUCAAUCGAUUGAUGAACGAAAUUAUUUAUUAAAAUUGAAACUUUUUUGUACGAAAA